CGUUCCUUGGCAGAAUGUGAUUGUCGUUGCCACAGCAAAGUCAAACCUUCAAAAAAAGUACAAUUGUCUAUGAUUCAUUACGGUGAAGGGAGGAGGGACGAUUUCGCUUCGUUGUCGCCCAAAUUAUAAUUUCAUGGUGAAUUGUGAUAAGAUCUUCGUAUGUGGAUUGAAAUAAGUGACGUUAUUUGGUGCUUUAUUUGUGUGUGAAUUGAAUCAACAUCAGUAUUAUCAAGAGCAGCUCAUAAUGACAUUACGUUGUAAUACCUUAAGUGGCCAUUAGGGUAUCAUCGGUCCAGUUUAGACAUGAUAAGAAGACCACAGCAGACAUGGACGGCGUGAAGAAAAUACAUUCUGGAACACUGUAUCGCAACGGCCCCGUGGAGAACGCAUAUGGUCCGCAACACAGCCCGGUGUCGCGGUCGGACGCCUCCACCGAGGACGCUGAGCUGUCUGCAGCGCUCGCCCACCAGCACCACCUUGCUAUGCAGUAUCCAGUAGUUGGUGCUGGAGUAGAACCCGACUAUGGACAGUACGUGUCUUCGCCCGCGGCGCACUAUAAUCACAUGGGACAUCUCACCAUGGCUCCCUCACAGAAGUAUCCCCAUGUGAUGGACUCAGUCUCAGUUAGCGGAGGUGGCAGCUAUGCAGGCGCUGGUGGUGCCGGCCACUAUGGCACAUACGGCCAUUACGGCACCGCCGCCUAUCAACCACAGACGGCAUACAUGGUGGAGACCACGCAAGUCCCACAGUAUAUGGGACAGGAGGUGGUAGCGCUUCGCCCCGGAGCGCAUCACCAGGUGCUCUGCCACAACACAAUCUACACCUACAACAAAGAGCAGUUGGGUCGGCACUACUGCGUGACGUCACCGCGCGGGGAGUACGCGCCCGACGCGUACGGAUACCAACACUAUCCCACGGCGUAUGAACCUCCGCAUCAACCUCCGCCGUUCAAGGAUUCACAGAAUGGUCUAAGCCUGGGCAGCGCCGGGGGACAGUCGAUGUAUGGAGACGAUGAGGAGUUACAGAAACAGAUGGCAAAUAUGGCACUAGUACACGGCAGCGUAGGUGGUCGCGAAGAAACAGGAGGUCUACAAUGGAGGGACCCCAAUCUGCCUGAAGUGAUCGGUUUCCUCAACUCCCCCUCUGACGUGGUGAAGGCCAACGCAGCCGCCUAUUUACAGCACCUCACGUAUAUGGACGACCCUAAUAAACAGAAGACAAGGAGUUUAGGCGGUAUUCCCCCCCUAGUGAGACUAGUAUCGCACGAGAACCCUGAAGUAUGUCGCAACGCAUGCGGCGCGCUCCGCAACUUGUCGUACGGGCGACAGAACGACGAGAACAAGCGAGCCAUACGUGACGCCGGCGGCAUCCCCGCACUCAUGGCGCUACUGUGCCGGGCUACUGACAUGGAGGUAAAAGAACUAGUAACAGGAGUGAUAUGGAACAUGUCAUCGUGUGAGGAUCUGAAGCAGUCCAUCAUAGAUGACGCGGCCCAGGUCAUCGUCAACAAGGUCAUCAUACCGCACUCUGGGUGGCAUCCCACCAACCCUGGAGACACUUACUGGUCUACUGUGUUCCGCAACGCGUCGGGCGUGCUCCGUAACGCGUCGUCCGCGGGCGAGUACGCGCGGCGGCGGCUGCGCGGGCUGGCCGGCCUGGCCGAGGCCCUGCUGCACGCCGUGCGCGCCGCGCUGCAGGCCAACGCCAUCGGCACCAAGAUCGUCGAAAACUGCAUGUCAAGAAAUCGAAGACCCGUUGUACGAUACGAGAGCGCCGCCCACACAGUCAUCCGGGCAGGCCAGGAUACAGGCUAGCGCGUCUAAAGGUCUACCAAUAUUAGUUGAGCUCUUGCGCAUGGAGGUCGACCGUGUCGUCUGUGCUGUGGCCACGGCUCUACGGAAUCUGGCCAUAGAUCAGAGGAAUAAGGAGCUGAUCGGGAAGUAUGCCAUGAGAGACCUAGUGCAGAAGCUGCCUAGUGGGAACCAUCAGCAUGAUCAGGGCACAUCAGACGACACGAUAGCCGCGGUCCUGGCGACCUUGAACGAGGUCAUCAAGAAGAGUGGAGAGUUCUCCCGCUCCCUGCUGGAGGCCGGCGGGGUCGAACGACUGCUCAACCUCACCAAGCAGCGCCACCGACAUACGCCCAGGGUGCUCAAGUUUGCAGGCCAAGUCCUGAUGACGAUGUGGUCCCACGCGGAGCUCCGCGAGGUGUACCGCAAGCACGGCUGGCGCGAGGCUGACUUCCUCACUCCCGCGCGGGCCGCGCAGCCUCGCGCGCCCUCCACUGCCAGCGGUCAGGGCACGCCGUCGUCCGGCGCGGGCGCGCCGCACUCGCCCAGCAACGCCAACAGCACGCUCAGCCGACCCAUGGCCUCCACCGGCGGCACGCGCUACGAGGACAGGACCAUUCGCAGGCAUCGGGAGAACGAUGACAUACCAGCGAUGGAAGUGAACAACUACCAUGAUGGGUUAGGCAUGGGCAAUCCCAACGGCCGACCGAUGAACUUGCAAGGCGUACAAGCUCAAAUGCCCAUGCCGCCUAGCAGUCGUUAGCGCGCCGUCGCGUGCGCACGUGACCUUGACGAGUGACAGUAAGAAAACACCGAUUUAGGUACCAUAAUCUUCGUGAUUUCUUUUCAAAAAGUCAAAAAUUUUAGACGUAUUUUAUUUCUAUGAUUUUUUAUUUUGGACAGACUUAUCUUAAUGUUUUACUUAAGAUUUGUGACAAAAGGAUUGCACUUAAAUCGGUGUUUAUUUACUUCAUAAUCGCCAAGUUGAAUCCCGUAAGCAUGAUCAAAGAAAUCGAAAAUCGUAUUCUAUGCUGCGUUCACACGUCACCGACGAAUGGAUAUUUAGAUAAUAUCUGAAAAAAUGUACGACUUGUACUAAAAACGAGUGUGAACGCAGCAUAUAAUAUUAACAUACAUGAUUAAUUUGUAUAUCUUGUCUGUCAAACUGUGCUUAGGGAUAUUGGCUUCGUGAGAAUUUUCAUAUGGCAAUACUUCGGUAGUCUAUUUUUUAACGCUGGCAACUAUUUAGGUUGUGUGAUUUUUGUAUUUAAGGUGUAACUUAUGGACAGUAUUAACGUUGUUGUGACAGAAAAGUAUUUAAAAUUGUUUUUUUUUGGUUAUUGAAUUUCUUACGAAGUCAAUUGAAGUACUGAAGUUAUUUAUUAUUGUAUGCGAGGUAACAUGCACAAUUGUUUAUGUUAAAUUAUACAUUAAAUUGUAGAUUUCGCGUUGAAUGUGGUAUACGCUGUUUCAACGUUCGUUAUGUACAGUCAUCGACAAUGUUGAUUUCUUUCAAAAUGUUUUAUUUUUGUAUUUUCUCUGACCAAUUUCAUUUUUUCGAUAAAUUGUUUAUUAUAAGUUGUUGAAAAUUGUUGAAAAUCAUCCCCUAAAUUUGUUCAUACAAAAGUAGUCUCUAAUCAUUGGAAAUAAGGUCUAUAAUGUAGUUAGUGGAGAGCGGUCACCGGUGACCGCUUGGGGAUAAAUGAGACUACAAAACUGCAUUUUUAUAAUGUUACAACUUUCUGUAAUGCAUUUAAUUUACAGAUAUAACAAACAAUAAAUUAGAAAAUAGAUCUUGUUUUUCAUGAAGCACCAUUUUCUUAAUUAUUGCAAACCCUCUUAUAUAUGUGAGGCCCAUAGCCAUAAAUGAACCGACAGCGGUCAUAGAUGAUGGCUUUUUUCAUUAAUUUCAAUCAAUAUUGUGAUUGACUGUACAUGUAAAAAAUUAGCCUUGAGGCCUAAUCUAACUCAUCGCAUUCAGAUGUAACUAACUACGUUUUAUACAAAAAUAUACUAUUUGCCAUUUUGAUUUGUAAAAGUAUCAUGUCAAUUCCCUAUGUAAAUAGUCGUGCCAUUUCUGUAUUUAUAUAAAUGAAUUAAAUAUAACUUAAAGCAAGUUUCGUGUAGGUGUGUUGUGUAAUUUCUAUUUAAAAUGUUGAGGCUCACCGUCAUUUACUAUAUUGGAUUCGUUUUGUUGGACAAUCUUCAAGUAAUUAAAUAUCUACUAUAUAAUAAUUACUAAUGACUUUAUAAUAUUUUGUUGACAAAAAGAAAAUAGAAUUAUUGUUUGAUUUUUAACAGUCAUGGUCUAAAUGAAUGAAAAAGGACGAAAAGUUACCCGAAAACGUAUUUCUAAACAGAUUUUCAAUCUUAUGUUAUUGUAAUAAACUUGAAAACCUUUAACA